UUGACUUCCUUAGAUCAUGGUAUGCUCGUUGCUUACUUGAUUUCCUCUCUUUUUCUUUUUUAUCAAUCAUCAACUCUUUCUCAUUCUUACUCCAAUCAUUCUCCAUUCAUUUCUCCCUAAAGGGAUGAAGUGUUUUCAGUUCUCUAAUGAUGAUCAUAACAAGACUAGAAAGUCAACAUCAGGCCAGUCAUCUGCCUCUGUUUUCACAGAUCCUGACCUCAAAGGAUCUGAAUACAACUCACAAAAUGUAUCAACGGACAUUAGCACUGAGUCCUCUUCAAGGGUCUCGUUUUCGUGCUUGUCUAAUAAAAAGGCUUGUCACCUUAAGGUCUUCACAGUUGAAGAGUUGAAGAGCGCGACAAAGAACUUUAGUCGAUCCCUCAUGCUAGGAGAAGGAGGUUUUGGAGGUGUAUAUAAGGGUGUUUUAAAGGACACAAAUAUUGCUGUUAAACAACUCAGCCAGAGGGGCUUGCAGGGGCACAAGGAAUGGGUGACGGAAGUGAACGUCCUAGGUGUGGUUGAGCAUCAAAAUCUUGUCAAAUUAAUAGGCUAUUGUGCAGAGGAUGAUGAAAGAGGAAUACAACGUUUACUUGUAUAUGAGUUUUUGCCCAACAGAAGUGUACAAGAUCAUCUAAUAAGUCGUUUUAUGUCACCUUUGCCAUGGGAAACAAGGCUAAAUAUCGCUCGUGAUGCUGCUCGAGGAUUGGCUUACCUUCACGAGGGAAUGGAGUUUCAGAUUAUCUUUAGAGAUUUCAAAUCUUCUAACAUUCUCUUGGAUGAGAAAUGGAAUGCAAAGUUGUCUGAUUUUGGCUUGGCCAGAUUAGGACCUUCUGACGGAUUAAGCCAUGUCUCAACAGCGGUGGUGGGAACUGUUGGAUAUGCUGCUCCAGAAUAUAUACAAACUGGACGCCUAACGUCCAAGAGUGAUGUAUGGAGCUAUGGGGUGUUUCUAUAUGAACUCAUCACAGGCAGGCGUCCGUUGGACAGAAAUAAACCUAAAAACGAACAGAAACUUCUCGAAUGGGUAAGACCACAUCUUUCCGACCUGAAGAAGUUUGAACAAAUAUUGGAUCCUCGAUUAGAUGGAAACUAUUCCAUUAAAUCUGCUCAGAAGUUAGCUGCCAUAGCUAAUAGGUGUUUAGUUAAACAUCCGAGAAAUCGUCCAAAAAUGAGUGAGGUUUUGGAGAUGGUAAAUCAGGUUGUGAAGGCAACUGAAGCAAAAUGUCCACAAACACCUAUAGACGAAAGUUCAACACCAAAUGUCGACGAUGACAUGUUUAUGGUAAGGUGUCUCACUGCAAGUAGACGGUUGGUAGAACACACACCAAGAGAAAACAAGUUGCUGGUUUGGAAAUUGUGGAAGCCUAAGCUUGUCAGUUCAAAUUGAGCAGCAGAAAUGAAACUAAAGUUACUCUAGCUACUUUUGGUUUUCUUGUGCAAAAGAAUCACUUGAAUUGUAAUAUAUGUUACUCGGACUCUUCAAAAAUGUCACUUGGAUGCAUGUCCAAAAGUAAUGCAUCUUUAGAAGAUCCGACAUGGGUGCAGCUGCAUUUUUGGAGAGUCCGAACAACAUAGCUGAUAUCAAUAUUGACCAUGAUCUUCAUAA